GUAAUAACAUUUUAUUGUUUUGGCUGACAGCAGCAGAGAAAGCACUCUGAUUCCUUUCAAAAUCGUCCCAGCAAAUGACAGCAUUGCUGAGGGUUUAGUCACCUGCUUGUCAAGGGCUGGUACAGGCAGGUAGGCAAACUGGAAAACCUAGUAUUGCACAGCAGAGAGCCGGAGUUCUCACGGUUACGCAAAUUGAUACUUCCUCCACCUCCCGUUUCUCUGCAGCUAGGGCAGCUGACUUUAUUUGUUCAUCCAAGGAAUUCCCCUAAUUUAAUAGUAUUUUGAGACCUCUCUGUGAAAAUUAUCCCCACUCUCCCUGUUUUCAGCCUCGUAUCAGAGCUACUGCUGACCAUAAUUGCAGCUGAAACCAGAAGGAAAUGAGUUGGCUCCGUGCUUGCUUCAGAAACAGAGGUCCUCGCACAAAGACAGAAGCAAUGAAAAGGCAGAGCUCUGCUCAGGAGUAUGAGACUAUUGAAUUACAGGAACAUAAGGUGGAGGAAAGUGAGACUGAUCAUGACAAGACUCUAGAUGCUCAAACGAGAAAGGAGAGAGAUCCCUGGAAAUCAUGCAGGAAUGUAGUUUUCUGGAAGUGUAAACUAUGGAUGGUUAUAACUACAAUAUUUCUAGUGAUCUUCCUGGUCAUUCUCAUCAGUUUAAUUCUUUAUUCUAAUGUUUACACAGAUGAGGAUGACUACUGGGAUCCUGAUGAACUGCUAAGCAGUGGAAGUUUUCACAAUUUUUCAGGAACAUUGGAGUUAAUGUGUGUUCUCCCUCAUUUCUCCUCUGAGGACAUUACUAAGAGGCUAACAGAGGUCUACAGUUCAUCUCCAGCUUUAGGACGUUACUUUAGGUCAGCUCAGGUGAUUUCUUUCAGUAAUGAAAGCUCCAGUGUAAUUUAUCAGCUAGUGUUUUCCGUACCACCAUCAACAGAGGGAUUUAUGGAAAACACUAUGAACCCAGAUUUUAUAAGGAACAUUUUACGUCAAAAUAUUUAUGAUGAAGAUUCUCUUAAUCCUGGGGCAUCUGAAUGUGACAGAUUAAAGUUUGAGCCAACUUCUCUCACAUAGAAAUGAUGGAAAGAUUCCUCAUCUUCAUCAUCACAUAGAAGAGAUGGGAUUCCCCAUCUAUUAGUAAUCCCAGGGCAGGGAACUAUUCAUUAGGUAGAAACACUUCUAAAAUAGUUGUCCUGUAAAUACUACCUGUGAUGCAUUAUAAAUGGAAAAUGUGGUCUAUUUAUGACAGUGUUGUAUUGCUAUAGCACCAUUACCUCCUUCUUCUAUAUCUCAGUAAUCCAUUUCAUCCUUGAGAAAAUAAUGUAUUCGAUGCAUGCUCUGUUGACUUUCAAAGCUCUGGUUUGUCUUGCCUUAUGAUUAAAUCUGAAUGUUCUGCACAAGCUUUAAGAGCAGUCUUGCAUGUGACUCCUUUCUUCUUCUCUUGGCUUAUCAAAAAUUAUCUGCACAGCUUCAUCUUUAAUGCUCACUUCCACCCAAAUCCAUAUCUUUUUUUUUUCCCUCCUAACUUCAUAUGCCAUGUUUCCUUGUUGCUCUUUCCUUGUAAAAGAGGGUGAAAACCUAAAUAUAUAUAUAUGUGGGUAUAUAUGUAUUUGUAUUCUUUAAUUACAUGCAGGCCUUUUGCACUAGCUUGUUAAGAAAGCUUCAACUCUCAUAACUUCCUUAUUCUUCCUACAGUCUCCCUGGAUAAGGUGCUCUUUGCUCUAUUUUUCUCUUCUUCAAUGUGAAAUACAAAAGAAGAAAGCAAAAGCAUGAAAAAACAUGCCUUGUUCACUAGCGCACCUGAAUGUCAGAGGAAUCUUUCAAGGCUCGAAUUAGCAGUGUGCUUUUAUAGUUAACUACUGCUACUAGUGAAUAGACAGCUACUUGACCUGUAUUUGUAAAUCUGAAGACUAGUCUAUACCCUUAAUUAGAGUUCCUGCCCAGCACUGGGGAUAAAAAUGAACAGAUGUAAGGUAUUUGCCUUAAUAAGGCAGUAAAUUCUUGUUCUUGUUGAUGAGAGACCAGAUGAGAUGAAUCAGUGCCGAGAGGAAGAUGCUGAAGCAGACGACGUAGGCCAGCGUGGCAUUAAAGUUAUAGACAGUAAUUGGCUAUAACAUAAAAAUUAAGCAUUAACUUUAUGCAGAAUGAAAUGUAUUCACUACCAUGUUAGUGAAGUAUAUCUUGUCAUUUAUUUAUAGCCUUAUAAAUGCUAGUACUGUUGGAUAGACCCUUUUAUUUUAAGAAACAUUUUGUGUUGUAAGAAAUAUGUCAUGGAAAAUUGUUUUUCUCUUUUUCUAAUAAGCUUAUUUAAGGAGUAAUCUGACAAUAUUACUGUGCAUUAAAUUAUUUAUUUUUACUCUUAAA